ACCUGCCCUCCUCCGGCCGCCGGCGCUGGCCUCUCUGGUUCCCGUGGGUGCGGAGGGCCGCCGCCAUGUGAUGAAAUUUGGGUGGAUUCGUUCCAAAAAGACUUUUGGGCUAGAAUGUGUGGUGGAAUCCUGGCUCUCGUGAACAAAGUAGGCUCAGUCUCCUGCACCAAAAAAUAAAACUGGCAGAAUUGGGCCUAAAUGAGCACCAUCAAAAUGAGAUUAUUAAUUACAUGCGUUUUGCUCGUUCAAAGAGAGGGUUGAGACUCAAAACAGUAGAUUCCUGCUUCCAAGACCUCAAGGAGAGCAGGCUGGUAGAAGAGACCUUCACUGUGGAUGAGGUCUCGGAAGUCCUGAAUGGGCUGCAGGCUGUGGUGCACAGUGAGGUGGAGUCUGAGCUCAUCAACACAGCCUACACCAAUGUGCUGCUCCUGCGGCAGCUCUUCUCACAAGCUGAGAAGUGGUACCUAAAGCUACAGACAGACAUCUCUGAACUUGAAAACAGAGAAUUAUUAGAACAAGUUGCAGAAUUUGAAAAGGCAGAAUUUGCAUCUUCAAAUAAAAAGCCCAUCAUAGAUAUCACAAAGCCAAAGCUUACUCCCAUUAAUGAAGGUGGAACAACAGAACUGCUAAACAAGGAAAUUUUAAGACUUCAACAGGAGAAUGAGAAAUUGAAGUCAAGGCUGAAGACCAUUGAAAUACAGGCUACAAACGCUCUGGAUGAGAAGUCAAAGCUGGAAAGAGCACUUCAAGAUUUACAGCUUGAUCAAGGAAAUCAACAGGAUUUCAUAAAGGCCCAUGACUUGAAUGACUUGGAAGACAAAGUUGCAGCUCUUAAGAGUGAAUUUCAGAAAACACUUAAUGACAAGACAGAAAGCCAAAAGUCCCUCGAGGAGAACCUAGCAGCUGCCAAGCACGACCUCCUCAGAGUUCAGGAGCAGCUGAGCAUGGCUGAAAAGGAGUUAGAGAAGAAAUUUCAGCAAACAGCAGCUUAUCGAAAUAUGAAAGAGAUUCUCACCAAAAAGAAUGACCAAAUCAAAGACCUACGGAAAAGACUGGCAAAGUACGAAUCUGACGAUUAAAGAUUAGAGGUUUAAUCUGAAACCUGCCACACAUGAACGUACAAGUUAUCUCCACCUCAGGCAUGUAUUUUGAAGCAUUUUGUCAAAUUCUCUCAUUUUUCUAAGAUUUAGACUUGGCUUAUUAUAUUUAGAACUAGUAUUCCUACUUUCAAUUCUUUUAAGAAAAGAAAAAACAUAAUGAUUCUUUUCUGUUGUCCCAAACACCUCUCCAUCGAGUGCUCCAGAGUCUGCAAAUGUAGCAAGAUUUCUUCAUGGUAGAAAAGAGUCAUCCUUUUGCAUUAGUAAGAAGAGUGAAUCUUAUAGAGAAGCUGGCAUCAUCUAAACUUGUACAUUCCCUAAGUGUAAGGAUAAACAGUAGAGUUAUUAAAGUUUAGAAAUAAACCUUGUUCUUAUUUUUAAUAAUGAAAUCUUAACUCGUUUACUUUUUCUGAUCAUCAAAGUGUUUAAAUUCAUAGGAAAUGUGGUUACUGUCUACUAUGCCCAUCGUUUUUUAUCAAUUAUAAGGGGAAGUAGCUGCAGUGUGCAUGAAGACUCAGUUAACCUUUGCAUCUCCCCAUCAUGAGUUCUGCUUAUCACAGGAGAUGCGGGCAUCUUUUGCAGCCCGACUUAUAAGUUUGUGUUAUAGAUGAAGAAGGCAGAUUCAUCCUGUACUUCUAUAGCUUAGAAAGCAGAUAGAUGCAAAGUACACGUAUGCUACCACACCCAGCAAAAUGUAAUCUUUAUGCAUAUUUCCAGAAUAUCCCUUUAACUUGUGUGUUAAAUAGAAUUGAUCCAACCUCAGGCUUAACUUUAGGUUGUAGCUUAUAUGUGUUUAGAACAAUGGUAUUUUCAAGAAAUUUAGUAUUUUCACUGAUCUGCUUUUCCUUGGGUAAUUUUAUAUAAAGCAUUAGAAACAGAGCAUCUACCCACAGUAGAUAUGGCAUGAGAAUAAAUAAACCUCAGAAGGAAAGAUUUACUCUUCACACAUUAAGAGGUAGCAAAUUUCCCCACUUCCAAAACCAAAUGUGUCAUACCCUGAGUGAGCAAUGUCAGAGAGGCUAUUCUACCUCCACAGAUAGAUAAAUCUAUUCCCAGAGAAGAAUUUACUGAUCAGAGCUUAUGUCUCCUUGGUAUUUUCAUUCAAAUUUUUCAUAUUAUCCUUGAAUGUACUGUGAGGGUUUGGUUUUUUUUCUUUAUGUGUAUGAGUGUAUUCCUUGCAUGUAUGUAAGUGUACCUGUGUUAUGCAAUCCCCGUGGACAUCAGAAGAGGGUGUUGGAUCCCCCUGGAACUGGAGUUACUGAUAGUUGUCAGCCACCAUUUGGGUGCUGGGAACCAAACCUGGGUCUUCUGCAAGAACAGCCAGGGUUCUUAACCGCUGAGCCAUCUCUUCAGCCUCUGUGAGGAUUUUUGUUGUUAUUGUUUUAGGCUUUGUUAAAAUAUUAAAGGAAUAAAUGAUAAAGGUAAGAUAAUUUCUCCCUAAAGAAGCAGAGAAGAUAGUCUUAGGAAGAUGAAUGAAUCAGAGAAGGGAAAGAAAAGAUUCCAGCAUUUACUACACAUUUUUCCUCAUCACUCUCUCCAUAGUUAGAUCACUCAUCACUUUCUUAUAGAGCUUUCACUGAAGACUCUAGUCACCCUGUUUCUCUAGCCCAAAUGAUGCCCGCUCUAAAAGUCCAUUCUAUUGUUUGUGGACCAGGAUAGUCUGUAUAAGGCAGAAGCAGAACUUCUAACUAAAGAACAACUCUGUCUUUCAGAAACCAUUUAUUAACCUUCUCUCUACACCUUUCUCAGCUUAUGCCAGGAAGAAACAAUGUGUCAAGAAACCUAUAUUGCUGGUUUGAAUUUUGAUUUAUUUGUUUGGCAGUGGUUUUGAAAAAGUCUACAUAAUGUGUUCUUGUUGAAUAAUAAAUGCAAAAGUAUUUAAGUGUUUUAAAGUGUUUCUUUAAAAACUCAAGUAGUAAGGUAAGUAACUGCUGUGCCUUGGUAUAGCCAGCAGGAUGCUGCUCUCACCUAAACACCUUCUUCUGCCCCUAGUUUUGUCACUGUUCUGUUUCUGAACUUCUACUCAGCAAAAUGCAAUUUUAAGUAUUCAUUUCACUUAGUUUCCCAGCUUUAAGAUUUAUCUUCAGGGGCUGGAGAGAUGAUUAGUGGUUUUCCAGAGGAUCCAGGUUCAGUUCAUAGUUUCCACAGGGUAGCUUAAAUCCACCCUUCAGUUUCAGGCAGUCCAAUGCCCUCUUCUGGCCAAUGCAGGCACUAUGCACACAUGUGAAUCACUUAUAUAUGUGCAGGCAAAGCUCAUACACAUACAAUAAAAAUAAAUAAAAUCUUUAAAAAAGGAGGAGGAGGAUUUAUUUUGAGACUGAGUGUAGUGUUGCACACCUUUAGUCCCAGCACUUGGUAGGCAGUGGCAGGUGGAUCUCUUGAGUUCCAAGCCAGUCACGUCUACAUAGUGAGACCCUGUGUCAAAAAAAAAGAUUCAUCUCAUUUAACUGGAAAACCAUUUUAGUCUAAAUAUUUUUUACUUUCUAGGAAUAUUGGUUCAAGCCUUGAGUGAGCCAUGAAUGUGCCAAACUCUGGGGAUAGUUUGAGCUGAUGGCCAUCAUAAUGCAGCUGUGUGCCAGGUGCAGUGCCUAUAAGAUCAUUUACCUAAUGUGCAUGAAAUCCUGGGGUCAAUCCCCAGCACUGUAAAGCAAAAGCAAAACUGAAUAAUGCAGCUUUGGUUUAACCUAAAAAUUUAAGGCUCCAAAAUUAUGACUUACACCUU